AAAUAUCAUGAUCAUUUGAUUUUUUUUUUUUGUAAGUGUUGCAAAGCGCGUGACGGGGUAACAUAAUUGCGGUAAUGUUUUGCGCAUGAGCAGUGGUUUUGCGCAUGCUCAAUAGUAACAUCGGGGUCGAACGGGCCAACCAAAUCAGCUUCAAAAUUUUAAAUCAUAACUCUGUUCAGUAUCCAGUAUGUAUUAGAUAAGACUAGGAAUAUUAUAAUCCUAAUCUGUGCUAUUAUGAUGGAAAUAUCAAAUUUAAAAAAAAUAAGUAAAGAUCGUUUAGCUACAUUUUUGGAACAUUUGGAAAAUAAAAACUUAGAUAAAGACGAGAUAUUUGGAAAAUGUUUAAUGAUUUUGAAAACAUUUUUGUACACUUCAUCAAACUUUAUCCCCAACAGUACCCUCAGCACACAGUCUAACAUCCAAAAACUUCUGUAUUCCAUUAAUUUCGAUGCAAUAGAUGAUGACCACAUGAUCAAAUUGAAAUCAAUACUCGAUCAAGGAGCAGACUUAGAUAUAUAUGCUAGAUAUAUAGAAUCUAUCUUAAAUAAAAAUAACAAGUCAUUGAAUUCAAUUUUAUUGACUGUUUGGACUCAAUUAGGAUCAAAUGUAUUGCAAUUGCCUAUAAUUAUUCACGAAAAAGCCAUUCAAGUGAAUCCUUUAAUUUUUGAAAAAACUAUUCUGUCUGCACUAUCAUUGUGGGAAAUUAAUAACUUGAUCGAUGUAUGCUCUAAAUCACCAUUGGUGUUCCAAACAUGCUCAAGUAUAUUCAACGAAUUGCUCAUUAAGUUAAACUUUAGCAAUAAAUUUAUGGAGUUCUUGAACUACUUUGUAGGUACAGUCAGCACACGUUGCAAAAACAAUGAUAUUGAUAUUGUCAACAUCUAUCCUAACAAAUGUAGAAGUAUAUUAACCUUAAGGGAUAUUAAGAACAAAAGUUCAACACUAGUUACCAAACAUCAUCUAAACGAUGAAGUAAAAAAAUUAGCUUUAGCUUACCCCAAAGAAUCUAUUUGUCUUUUAAGUCAUUUUCCAGAUUUAUUCAUACCAUACUGAAGAAUCUUAUACCAUUAGUAAAUAAGCCAUAAAUAUGCUAUAGAUGUUUUUCUUAUUCAUCUCAACUCAAUUGACUGUUAAAAACUGAGCUCAACAAAACAACAAUAAUAAUUAGUACUUUAUAAUACCUAUAGCUACCUAUAUCUACUAAAUACCAAUGCAGAAAUACUUACUAUUGUAUUUAUACAAAAUACAAUAUACUUACCUACAUGGUUAUAUAGUAUACUAACGUGAUAUUAUAUAAAUAAAUAUAAUAUAAUACCAAUAUGUAAUAUAAAAAUAUAUAUUUUUUAAAUAUAUACCUACGAAAAUAGUUAUUAUAAUUGAAUUUGUUUUUAUGAUGUAUUUACACUGUAAACUAAUGUUAUAAAUUUAUCAUAUUUUGUAUUAAUAUUUGAAAAAUAUUUGUCAUGAAAAAAAUCAAAUUCUAGUUAAAAAGUAAAUUUAUUUUCACUUUUUAAGUUACUAACUAUUUGAUUUUCUAACAAACAUAUUAUACAAAAACCAACUAAUUUAAUUUAUCACUGUAAUUGCUUAUAUUUUUUUUUUUUUAGUGAUAAUGAAGUAUCAUAUUUUGUUUGAUUUAUUUAUUAAUUUAUAUAUUUUUGAAUAAUCUAAAUUUAAAUUUAAUAGCAGAAAAUAAAUGGACAUAUAUUCAAC